AUGUCUGGCUCUGAUACAACAAAGUUGCCCCUCGACAGUGGGCCGGCAUACGGAUUAGGUCAUGCAGAGAGAAGUGGCGCGGAAAGUCCCAUGCUCCAUGGUCUAGACGGACUGACGUUGUAUGAAAAGAAAUGCGUCCUCAUCAACCGCGAGAUCGAUACUCAAGGCAUGGGAAAGUACCAAUGGUACAUAUGGGCUUUGUGCGGCUUCGGAUACAUGCUCGAUCUUCUUUGGGCGCAGGCAUUCGGCCUCGUCCUCAGCCCUCUGCAGCAGGAGAUGGGCUUUGGUGACGGUGCAUCGGGCAACAUCGCGACUAGCUUCAAUGCCGGAUUGACGGCCGGGGCGUUUGUUUGGGGCUUUUUAGCAGACAUCAUUGGUCGUACCUGGGCUUUCAACUUGACUUGCCUUAUCGCCUCAAUAUUCGGACUUUGUCUCGGUGCCUCGAAUAAUUACAACACCUUCCUCGUGCUCACGGCCUUUGUGGGUGUCGGUGUGGGCGGCAACAUCCCUAUCGACACUACGAUUACUCUGGAGUUUAUCCCACAAAACAGACGCUUCCUUCUUGCUUGCCUGUCCAUCUUUCAACCUAUCGGCGUAGUCGUAUGCAGUGCCAUCGCCUUUGGCUUCAUUCCUGUUUACUCAUGCUCGCCAAACUUUUCCGAGGAUGAGCCGCUGCCAUCAUGCAACACCGCCGAACCUGGAGUGGAGUGUUGUGCGCGCGCUGACAACAUGGGAUGGAGAUACCUACUCUUCACACUCGGCGCAAUCACACUUUUCGUCUUUAUCCUCCGCUUCUUCGUCUUCAAAUUCCAAGAAACGCCAAAGUAUCUCAUUUACCGUGGACAUGACGCCAGAGCCAUCGAGACCCUUCAGCACAUGGCCAAGGUCAACAAGAAGCAUUGUGGCCUCACUCUAGAGAUGUUCGAGUCUCUAACAAGUGACGAGCAUGAAGGCUCCGUGAGCAGCGCACUCAGCGCGACGCCUGCGCUUGGCGGCGGAGCAAGGCAGCAGAACAUGAAGUGGACAGCAAAGGCGAAAAUGGAGCUCGGCCGGUACAAGAUGCUCUUUGACGGCUUUCAGAUGACUCGUCUAACGAUCCUGGUCUGGCUGACGUACAUUAUGGACUUUUGGGGAUUCACCGUCGCG